AUGUCAACGUUUCGCUCACCGAAAAAUUCUAGUUAUUGCGGCUUGAGCGAGGACGACAUCAGGCAAAUUUUAUUAGUUGUGGAUGAGGAUGAUAUCUACCUUAGUGAGGAGGACCCAUUUGAAGACAGCGGCAGCGAGUACUUACCUGAUAAUUUAGAAAGUGAAACUGUUAGUUCUGAAGUAUCUUCUGUUGACGAAAAUUACGAAGCCGAACAAGUUACACAAGAAGAGAAACCAGAAGAUGUGGAAGCUAUUUUGCGGCAAAUUAACCAUGAGAUUUUUUGGACCUCGAACGAAUUUGUAGUAUACGAAUUCGGCCAAAGUGACAGUGGUGUGAAGAAUGAUAAUUUGACUGCGGAUUCAAAAGAAAUAGAUUACUUUCUUAGCCUGUUCUCUGAAGAAAUAGUAAAUAUCGUUGUGUUGGAAACGAACAGGUAUGCCGCCCAACAAAAGGCUAAACAUUGGGAAGAUAUUUAUCUGCUGGAAAUGUAUGUUUUUCUUGCUAUAACUAUGUUAGUGCCUCGCGUCAAGAAACUUGAAAUGAAGGAGUACUGGUCUCAGGAUAAUUUUACUGCAUACGCUAUUUUCCGUCAAAAGAUGUUAAGAGACAGAUAUUCAUCGAAAAACCACUUCAUUUUUAUCAGGGAAGUGCAAGGCUGACAGAACGGCAUUUUCCGGAAAUGGGUCCAAGAAAAUAGGGAAAGAAAACUGCCACUAGGAGAUGCAGAGUCUGCUUCCAGACAAAAGCAGGAACAAAGAAAACAAAAGGAGAGCAGCUACAUAUGUAGAGCAUGCGACGUUGGCCUAUGUGUAGUGCCCUGAUUUCGGAUUUAUCAUCAAGUAGCCGACUUUUAAAAAUUAACUUGCUC